ACAUUAAUUUUACAAUAAAAAUGUAAAAUAAUCAAUACAUGAAAGUUCCCUUUUCCGCUAAAACAUUCAUUUGUUUUGUCAUUUGAUAAGGUUCGGAAUACUACGAAAAAAUUAAAUUUCAUCGUUAUUAACAUAAUAUUUAAAAGAUGCCUUGUCCACUAUUAGCAGAUUCUAUUACUUUAGAAUUGGAAGCUCAGGAACCAUGGCCUCAAGAAAUUAUCUUAUAUCAACCAUAUGAAGUUGAACAAAUAUUACUACCUGAUAAUGCAAAUUGCUUAGCUGUACAAGCUUUUCUUAAAAUGUGUGGCAUUGAUUUUCAAAUAGAACCAAGAAGCAAUGCAGAAUAUAUGUCCCCAUCUGGUCGUGUACCAUUUAUUAAAUGUGGAGCAUUUUUAAUACCUGAAUUUGAUAAUAUUGUGUCAUUCAUAGGAAAUAAAGGCACAAGUUUAUCUGAUCAUUUAACUGCAAAUUGCAAGGCUGAUAUGAGAGCUUAUAUGUCAUUAGUAAAUAAUGUUUUUGUAAAUGCUGAAUUAUAUAUUUGUUGGGUUGAUGAAUUGACUUUAAAUGAAGUAACUAAAGUAAGACAUGGAAGUGUAUAUCCAUGGCCAUUAAAUCAUUUUUUAAAUUGGCAAAAAAGAAAAGAAGUUAUAAAAAAACUCAAUGUACUUGGAUGGUACAAUAAAACUAUAGAAGAAGUAUGCGAAGAAGUCAAAAAUUGUUGUACAGCAUUGUCUGAAAGAUUGGAGGGUAGUGAUUACUUUUCUGGAGAUAAACCUACUGAAGUAGAUGCCCUUGUAUACGGUCAUGUGUAUGCUCUCACUUCAACCAAUCCUCUCCCAUCCACUGUUCAAGAGAUUGCUUUAACUAUACAAGAAUUUCCUAAACUACUUGAACAUACAUCAAGAAUUGAUCGAAAUUAUUUGAAUAGAACUGAAUGUCCUGUUGGUGAUUUUGAAGUUUCUGCAUCUUCUUCAAAAAAAACAUUAUGGAAUUACUCUGAUUCAAUUGAAGCAUUACCACCACUUUCAGAUGAUUCUUUUGAAAUUCUUUUUUUGAAUCCUUAAAUCCAAUUUUAAAAUAAUUUUAAUAUUUCAAAUAUUCAUUU